AUGUAAUUUAGUGUUUUAAAUGCUGCUGAUGUUUUAUUUACUUGGGUCACUGUUUCUAGUCCACUCGUGUGGCAGAGGCCGACUGUGAUUCAUCAGAAGCAGUACUACAAGAGCCAGGGCUAAAUACACGAUACGUAGUGGUGUUUUGAUUUUUUUUUUUUCAAGUUUAAGUCUUGUUGCUUGUUUCUUUACGAUUUGUAAGAUUCCGUUGGGCCUUAAUUGUCUUUAAAUUUAACGCAAGCCGGGGAGCGGCUUAGAUACAUUAAUAAAAAGCAAUAAUGAUUUUCCCUGCUUGUCUUUCACAAAGAGAUUGGUUAAAAUAACUAUACAUGUAUCAUAAAUUCAAAACAGCUUCUUAAAACUGGAAAUUGUUUUUAACCAGACACAGGGUGUUAUCCCAUCGAAUACUACUAGUCCCGUUUUCUGGGCAAUGUUAUGGUUGUCCGCAAUUUGAGUGUAAUGUUAAUGAGGGAAGCAGAUGCUUGAGUGCAGAGACGUACUCAAGUUCGUCUCACGUUUGGAUUUCCAAGUGAAUGUAAAGCCAUGGAAUACUUGAAUCCUGAUGACGAUUCCUUAUUUUGCGACGAGGAAGAGGAUGACGACGAUUGGAUGUGUAGGGAUCCAGCAGAACAGGGCUCUUCUACUACGUCCAGCGGGGUUAUUUCUUCAAUCCUUCCAGGUACAGGAGCCCAGGAAAGGUGGUUUCCUGUAGGGCAGCGUCACCGGAGGGUCAUUCUUCAUUUUGAUCUGGACUGUUUCUAUGCUCAAGUAGAAAUGAUCCGUAAUCCAGAGCUACGACACAAGCCUUUAGGCAUCCAACAGAAGAAUAUUGUCGUCACAAGUAACUAUGUGGCCAGAGAGUGUGGUGUGAACAAGCUGAUGUUUGUAACAGAUGCCAAAGAGAAGUGUCCCCAGCUGGUUCUAAUCAGUGGGGAGGAUCUCACACACUACAGGGAGAUGUCAUACAAGGUCACAGAACUGUUGGAGGGCUAUAGCUCAUUAGUGGAGCGUCUUGGGUUUGAUGAAAACUUUGUGGACAUUACAGAAGUGGUAGAGAAGAAACUUAGACAGGCAUCCGUAUCUCCAGAUUUGACAGUGAAUGGUAACAUAUACAACAAACAGCCUCUAAACCCAAACAUAGAGGACCACAUCAGGCUGGCUGUAGGAUCUCAGAUUGCAGCAGAGGUCAGACUUGCCAUUCACGGCAAACUGGGACUUACAGGUUGUGCUGGAAUUGCAACAAGUAAACUACUGGCCAAACUGGUGUGUGGAACCUUCAAGCCCAACCAGCAAACCACACUGCUGCCAGAAAGCACGUCACACUUGAUGAGCAGCCUGGGCCAUUUUAGCAAGGUUCCUGGAGUGGGGUAUCGGACAGCUCAGAAGCUGCAAGCCCUGGGGCUCCGCAGCCUGGAGGACCUGCAGCUGUUUCCUCUGACCGAACUGGAGAAAGAGUUUGGAGCUGCCACAGCCAAGCGAAUCCACAGCCUGAGCCAUGGUAUUGAUGAGGCUCCUGUCACCCCCACAGGCCCCCCGCAGUCUCUAAGUGAUGAAGACUCCUUCAAGAAAGUCUCCACGGAAUCUGAGGUUUCGAAGAAAGUUGAGGAUCUUUUGGUUAGUCUACUAGAAAGGAUGUACAAAGAUGGAAGGCAGCCUCGCACCCUUCGUCUCACCAUAAGGCGCUUUACAACCACUAAUAAAUGGUUCAGCCGGGAGAGUCGUCAGUGUCCCAUUCCAAACCACAUCAGACAGAAAAUUGCCACAGGAACUGCCGAUGUUGUAGCUCCUCUGGUUGACCUAGCCAUGAAGCUGUUUCGUAAAAUGAUCGACACAAAGACAGCGUUUCACCUCACAUUAAUAAACGUGUGCUUCAGUAACUUACAGUCUGCCUAUACGUCCAACAAAGGCUCAAUAGGAUUCUUUUUUGCACACAAGACUGAUGGGAAACCCAAUCCCAGCUUUGACAGCAAGAUCGAGUCGUGUAUUAGAGGCCAGGGGUCAGAUGUGACAGUGAAUACCCUGAAAAAAGCAUGUGGCAGUGAGAGUGCUGUAACUGGAGAGGAGUCACAACAAGCCCAGCAGAAGCAGAGCAGGCCUGGACUGGUUAAAGACUUCCAGCCACCCCUUGGGGUUGACCCUGAGGUUUUCAGACAGUUGCCUGAAGAAAUCCAGAGGGAAAUAAUGUCUAGCACAUCUCCUGCCCCAUGUUUAGGUGCUUCCAGAGAAAAGAAAGUGCCUGUCAUGAAGAGCAGCCACAAACGUGAAUUAUCAUCUACCCUGCAGCUACCAAAAAGGAAAACCUCCCUUGGAUCUUCUGAAUGUAAAUCUACAGACUCCAUUGGUUCACAUGAGGAAAAGAAGAAAAGUCAAACUGGCUUUGUUCAGCCCAGCCCACAGCUAGCUCAUGAAUCUAGCACCUCUUCCUUUUCCGUCUGUGAGGCCAUGGAUCCAGAAAGCCCAAUGGACUGUGAUCCACUGAAGCAGACAGCUGAGUUUCCUUCUAAUGUGGACCCCAAGGUGUUCUCCGAGCUGCCUGCAGAGCUACAGAGGGAGUUAUUAACAGAGUGGAAGCAGCAAAGACCAGUCUCUAAAAUCCACAUCAAUAAAUAUCUAGCAAAAGCCAAAGACACAAAACCUACUACAGCUAAAAGCACUCAGACAAACAACUUAUUGAAAUACUUCAAGCAGAGCUGAACUCACAGGUGUAUUACGGACUGUGCAGAGUAUUGUAUAUAUAUUGUACAUUUAAAGUUAAAAAUCUUGUUCUCUAAUCUGGCGUGAUGUCCUGGACAAGAUUUAAUGGUUUGGAAUGUGAUAAUCGACUGGUAUAGAAGACCUGUCAAAUACUGCAGGGAAUUGAAGUGUCUCAAUACAAACAUAAAUAUAAUAAUCUAAUUUAACUAGGCAUUCAAGUGAUAGAAAUGCCAUAAAAUUGUGAAAACACUAAGCAUACAUAGACAAUUUUACUGCUUGUGUGGGUGUUCUAGUGUUUCAUAGCUGAAAUUGUAACAUAAUUGAACUACAUAUCUCUGUGGUAUACAUUUGUAUAUGUAAUUUGCAAAAGGGGGCAGCCAUAUAACUGUGCAAUAAUAUUUUUGAUAAAUUCCAGUUCUGCUUUUUAAGCUACUAUACUUAAUAAAGAUAUUUGAGAUUUAAAAAAUACACGUUUUCUACUAGACCUUGAGUGCUGUUUGAUCAUUGAUCCCACCAAAUAACAAACGGGCCUAUUGUGUAGGGUCCAGCAACAUGCUUGUCUAUGACAGGACCUGUCUGAGGAUACAUAUGCAUUUGUUGAUUUCUAAUGGGAAAAACACAGAACGUGAAUUUUCUUCACAUGCUGCGUUUCUAGCUUGCAGGAAAAGGAAUAAUGCAUGGAGAGAAUUCUUCCACACCCUGAACUACCCCCCGCCCUGUUGUGUGGUGGAGAUAAGGACAGUUGGAGAAGAGCCUUUUGGCCCAUCUGGCCUGUGUGCUUGUAACUUAUUGAUCCGAGGAUCUUGUCUAGCUGUUUUGUGAAAGGAACCAGGGAACUGGCUUCAACAAUAUGACUGACUGGGUAGCUUGUUCCAACCAGGACCCAUGAGUGAUGUACAGUGAGUUUGGUGUUAAGUUAUUAAUUCCAGUCUAAAUCAUUAAACAUUGUUACCAUCACUAUCGGUAAGCUUGUUUCACUUCUUACAGUUUGAAAUGAAGGUGUAUAUAACUUUCAAUAUCUUUCUGAAAAUCAGUUUUGAUUUUUUGAGGAGUCUCAGAUAAAUUUAUGUUAUACUCUGCAGCAUUUCCUUUGUGUUUCUGAUGGCGAGGAUGAAAAAGAAUUAUAAUUUUAUUUUGUAAGGCUCAUUUCUUGGAAACAAAUGUGUGAAGAC